GUGCCUAGAAGAAAACAUAUGCACUUUUAGGCUCUUGAGGAGUUGAUGAGAGAAAGGAGAAGGUGUUGCUAUUCUAGAGUUAAAUGCCUAAAAGUAAUAUAGGCUGGCUGGCCUUCUGUUGUUGCUUUCACCUAUUCUUUUCAUAAAUUUGUAAAUAAGGCAGCAGAUGGCUGAAAUAUUUAUUCAGGGUAUGAAAUUUUUAAGUAUGAAAUGAUACUUUUUGAAUUGAGAUUAAUAUCUAAAGCCAUGUAAUCAAUGUAGCUGAGCAGGCUGAUAAACUGGUGUUGGUCAGUUUACUGUUGGUCUCAAUCAAGCAUCAGCGAAACAAUGAGAAGCAGAACACAGUUUUUGUUUUACGUGCAUUAGUUCAAUUUCAUUACUUUACCUUUCAUGCAGAAAUGUGAUACUGCAGAUUAAAAAACCUCCAAAUUAUUUUAACUUGCGAAUUGGGAAGUUGUUGGGAAUAAUUAUCUUAAUUAUCUACAUACUGCUAUAGUACACCUUUACUGUUUUAAUGGGAAGCACUUAACAUGUCUACAGCUCAGAAAUAUUUGCUUCCCCUUUGGUCUGUGUUUGCAGCAGAGAGUCCUGCGGGCUCUCCAAGAAGUACGGUCUUAGUUGUGAAAAAGAUCUUAUAACUUGAAACAGCUCAUCUAAGUAUAAACCUUUUUCCAUUCUUAAAAAUUCUUCUUUUUGAAGAGAGUCCUCAAACUCUUUUCAGUUCUUAGGUAAACUUCCACAUAUGUUCAGAACAGUGUACGAAGUUGUAUUUUGCAAGAUUGAAGAUUAAGUUGAGGGAAAAAAAAAACAAUGUUUCAUACUUCAGCAUUUAAAUUGAGCCACCUAGCAUGUUCUGUGGAAACGAGUGCCACAGAAUGCACUGAAGUUUAAUGACAGUGAAAGGCUUUGGACCAAGGGAAGGAAGCAGCUCUGGUUGAAAAGAGCCUAGCUUCAUUGUUGGACUGGUGACUUCUGCUAGUAUCUGUGAUUCUUAUAGCUAAGAUACAAAUAACUUAGAUCUUAGCAUAUCCAAAGCAGUGCCUCGAGUUACAGUUUGUUGAGAGGAAUGUAUCCUAGUUCUUGGAGCACAAGAAUUACCGUGAGGACUUGCAGCCUAGACCUUACCAAAGACCUGGUGCUGCAGUUGAGCUCCUGAGAGAAAGUUGUCUAUAAGUGUUCUAGAUUUUCUGGUUAUAAAUACUGUUCCUCGAUAGAAUAGAAGCAGAAUGCUAGUGUAGUAUUGAAGCUUUCAUCAAACCUAUAAUAACAUUUCAUUCCCUUUUCCUGUUUUCAUUUAGCUUGUCUUUUAGCUUUCCUUUGGGAUUUAGGAUUUCUCUUUCUCAUAAGCUAUAUUUGGCUUCAUCUUGGUGAGACUUCCUUUGGGCCUCCGCCUUUCUUGUGCAAGAGGGACAUGGGCCACAUGUUGCUUGUGUGCUGGAGCCUGUGCAGCUCCCGUUGCCAAACUUCUGUUUUUGAGCAGGUUGGAGGACAUGGUGAGCUUCAUGCUGGUCUUUCUGCUCAGCCUCAGUGUGAAAUAGCUGAGCCCUGCUUUGUUUUCCCCUUUGUACUUCAGUGCCUGAAGACACCAGGAAGAAACUAUUGGUCACAAGGAAGUGCAGCAUCCAUAUUGCAGAUGCUGAUCACCCUAUACUUUGCCAGUGUUACAACACCGUAAUAGUGAGUCUCCCCUCCAGUAGCCUUCUGUCAACUCUUAAAAACGCAGCUAAAAAAGGUCAACAGUUGCAAGCAAGUCAAUGUCAGGAAAUUACUGCUCAAGCAGGGUUCUACAGUCUGCUUUGAGAAGGGAGAAGCUCAGCAUCCUGGAAGGACAACAGUUUGUCACAGGCUUGUAUAUUCAUCUGAUAAAAACCUUCAAGAAUCUGAGGAACUGGCUAUGAUGAAAAAGGUUCUGGAGCCCAAAUUAAUACAAGAAAACAACACUGCUCUUCAGAACACUGCAACAGAUGUAACUUGUCUUGGAGAUGACAAAAGUGCAAGAGCUGAUCAGAAUGCGCUAAGCAGAGCUAUUCAGGAAGAAGUUGCUUGUUCAUCUAGCAGUGAAGGGGAAAUUCCAGAAGUCACUGAUGCAGAAAGUAACAAAGCCAUGGCAGGUAAUUCCAAGCUAGAAACUGCUUCUGCAUUAGGAGAUGACUUACUGAGGCUCUACAAGAAGCGUUGCUGUCCAGAUAUUAGUAUUUGCAUAGAAGGCAAAGACUUUCAAGCUCACAGGGCCAUUUUAUGUGCCAGAUCUAGUUACUUUGCUGCUAUGCUGAGUGGAAGUUGGGCUGAAAGCUCCCAAGAGCACAUCACUCUUCAAGGCAUAAGCCAUACAGAAAUGAGUGUCAUCUUGCAUUUUAUAUAUGGAGCUAUUCUGGACUUCCCAGAGGAAGCUGAUGUUGGUCGCAUGUUGGGCAUUGCAGAUAUGUAUGGGCUGGACGGGUUGAAAGAAGUAGCUAUCUACAUUUUGAAGAGAGAUUACUGCAAUUUUUUCCAAAAGCCUAUUCCUGGAAAACAGCAACCUGUACUAGAAUGCAUGGCUAUUGCUCAUUCACUGGGAGUGGAACACCUAUAUGCUGCCUGCAUUAAAUGGGUAGGAAAACACUUCGCAAAAUGCUUGUCAGAAAGAAGCUUUGCCAGUCUACCUACUGAACUGCAGAACAACUGUCUUGCUAUGUUGAUUAAGUCUUUGAACCACAAGAAUGCUGCUUCACUUCUGAUGGAAAGUGACCGGCUGAUCAAUAGUCUUCCCCAAGUGAAGUGGACCGAGAGAGCUGUGGCUGUGGCAUCUAGGUUACAAGAAGAAUGCUUAACUUUUAUUGUGGCAAACUUCCUACAUGUAGUACAAAGUGAAGGCUUCUAUAUUCUGUUGCAGGCACAGGCAAUGAGCAGCAAACCUGACCUCCUAGAACUAAUUUUUAAUGCAAUUGAAAACAAUAUAAAUAAUGAAAAUAGCUGCUUUCUUCUUGUAGCUGUGAAUACGUUGUUGGACUCUGCAGACGUGAAGGAGUUGGGUUUUACGUGCAAGAUCCAGGCUCUGCGUGAUAAGCUCUGGGUCUUCCUGGUUCAGUCUUUUUAUGCUGUUCGUCACACAGAAGGCUGGAAGCUGAUGAGGCCAGACCAUCAACAGAAAAUACAAGCAGCCGCAUUUGACAAAGGUGAUGACAGAAGACUUGGCAAAAAACCUGUAUUCACUAGUUCUCAGCUAAAUAAAUCCACCACUGAAUUUGCUGGUAAAAGGAAUACUUCUCGGACAGAACACGGCAAGAAAGAUUGCUGGGGAGAUUCUCCCACUAAUCAGGAUAAAAUGAAAUCUGAUGGAUUAGGAGCAUCUGGACAUGCAUCAAGCACCAAUAGAAAUGCUGCUAAUAAGACUUCAAAGCAUGAGGAUGUAAAGGGAAAAGAUGGCAAAAAAACAGUUUCCAAGCUUAAUAAAGAUUCAAAACCUGGGGAAAAAGCUGCUUCACCAAAGGCUAGAGCUGUUAUAAAAACAAAAAUAGAAAAUAAUGGAAAUGCAAAGGCUGAAAGCAUGCUUGCCAAGCAAGAGGCUGAAAAGACAUCAUCUUCAAGCGGACAAAAAAAUUCAGGAAGUGUCAAAGGAUUAAAGAACCAUGAAGGAAAAACAGCAGGUGCCAGACCUAAAGUGCUGACGGUAACCUCAAGUGUGCCCAUCAAAACAAAGCCAUUAAAAAAAACCACCGGGAAGGAAUCUCCAUCCACCGCGACUGCCGCAGAAACAUCCAGCAAGUUAGCAAACUCCAGCACAGAUAUCCAGACUGCCAGUGAACAGACAGAAGAAUCCAAAGAGGAAAAAUUGGCAGAAGAAGGAAAAAAACAUACUGUGAUAACAAAGUCUUCUUUGAAGACAUCAAAUGGAGUCACCAACAAAAAAAAAAAGACUGAGCUUGAAGCGAAUGUCACAACGAGCAGUCUAAUAAAGAAAACAACCAGCAAAGCGUCUAAUGAACAAAAUGCACAAGGUGUUCUAAAGAAAAAAGGGACUGGAAGUAGCAAUGCUGCAGCACAGCAGAAGGCUCAGGACACACCUACCCAUUCUCCCAAGAACCAAGGAACUGUGGGGGAGUCACCAAACUCACUGAAAUCAGGAGUGUCUCCAAAACAUAAUGAAGAAAGAAAUGUGGCACAACAUCUGGUUCAGACAGCACCCCCUGAAAAACAUCCUAUGGCCAAAAAGAAGAGUAUUAAGCCAUCACAAACACCUGUAGCAAAAGCCACUGCCAAAAUUGUAACACCCAAAGCUCAAGCUCCAUCAAAGCAUAGUGAGAUAACAAACAAUAAAGACCCAAAACCAAAAACAGCUGGCCAAUCUGUAUUAAAAUCUCAGUCCUCUACCCCAAAACAUUCAAGGAGUGAAUCUCCUGUUGUCCAGAAGAAUACGCACACCUCCGAGCACAGAAGUCCAGGACAGAAACUUGGAAAAAACGCAGCUAAUGUGGCAACCGUUCAGCCUCAUGACAACAAUGAAUGCAGUUCUGCAAAGCAAAGCGAAUGUCUGAAAUCUGUGAUGGGAGGUAGCAGAGAAGAUGAGCUCUCGGCAUCUCGUCAACCCAAUCAACAAAAAUUAUUGGAUCCUUUUGAAGAUGGAGAAUACAAAAUACAAUCAAAAUCUUCUCUAAUUAUAGGAGAAACUGUUUCUAAAUUGCAUGUUUCACUGCAAGAUGAAAUGGAAGCAAGACAAGUCUGUGGGGAUCAGGCCGAGAUUAAUCAGAAUAAAGACAGAAAGGUAGCUGAUAAUACUGCUGAAUUUCACUGUCAUGCACAGUCUACCGGUGAUGGAUACUCAGACUUUUCCAAGGAAACAAAUCAAAACGCUGCUACUUCAGAAGAAUUGGUAGAACAGUCAAAAGCAAAAAAAAUCUGUAUUGAACGAAGUGAUCAAUUAAGCACUGAUACGGGUCUUAACCACGGUGAAAAUAUUUUACCAAGCUUUUCCAAAGGGAUAACUAAUAAAGAGGAUGUAGCAUCAUCUCCUCAGAUUCGCAUGGAGGGAUUUCAUCCAGCUGAUGAAUCAUGUGGUACAUCAGCCUCGCAUGAAUACAAAUCAGUUACAGCAGAUUUAGAUGACGUUUCAAAACGUUCCAUAGAACAACUAAGAGGCAAAUGUUCACAUAAUUACAUGGAGUCUAUUGAUCCCACAGAAAUGCCAGAAAACCGUGAAAAUGCAGAAAUUCCCUUUGUAGACCACUGGAGUACUGGUGCACUAGAUCCAAAAGAGAGUCCUGAAUCAGAUACUGGCAGUGCAACCACAUCCUCUGAUGAUAUUAAACCAAGAUCAGAAGAUUAUGAUGCUGGAGGCUCUCAAGAUGAUGAAGGAUCCAAUGAGAGAGGCAUUUCUAAAUGCAGCACUAUGUUAUGUCAUGAUUUUCUUGGAAGAAGCAGCAGUGACACUAGCACACCCGAAGAAUUAAAAAUGUACGACAGCAGCCUAAGAAUAGAAGUCAAAAUGAAAAAAGAAGGCUCUGAUCUCUUCCGUGUUAAUUCAACAAGUGACGAUGAAAUACCAAGAAAAAAACCUGAAAUUUGGUCCCAUCAAGAAAGUGCAAAGAACAGAACCAGAGAAAGUGAAAAUUCUACUUUUGGCAAUGCACAGUUUACUCAGGAAGCAGACCAAGUUUCUUCUUCUGCUGAUGAAACAGAAGAUGACAGAUCUGAACCGGAAAACGUUGCAGGAAACAUUCUUUCAUCACAUGCUCCUGCUCAGCAGUUCCAAGGAAUUGAUAAUUUAGCUUUUGAAGAUGCAGCGGAAAAUGAUCCGGCAAGUCAAGAGUUUUCUAAAACUAAAAGUUUCAAACGAUCUGUUUUACUUUCAGUAGAUGAAUGCGAAGAAUUGGGAUCUGAUGAUAGAGUGGAAACUCACACUUCACGUCAGCAUUCAAUAGAUUCUCUUACUCCUUCAGAUGUAUUUGACAGUGUUUCUCAGGAGCACCAUGGAAAAACUUUUUAUUCAAGAUAUUCAUUGGAAAUUGAAGAUGGUUUCUUGGAUUGCAAACAGCCUAAGGAUCAAGACAACAGAAUGGAUGAAAGUGAAAGUCCUCUCCAAUAUCUUCAUGGUACUGAAAUCCCAGGGAAGGAGGAUAAAGGUGCUUCAAUGACUGAACAAAACUGUGCAGAGGAAGCACACUCAGCAGCUAGUCCUUGUCCAGGGGAAAAUCAAGAAGUAAAUGCAAAGAAUGAAGUGGCUACCGAAUUUCAGCAGUGCAGUAAAUACUUAGACUAUGAUGCAAAAUCUCAAGAAAGACCAUGUCAUCUGAAUCUUCAUCAAAGAGAAACCAAUGCUGAUAUGCAAAAGAGCAACUCCACAAAACCUGUAGAAGCCAGUAAGAAUCAGAUACUGACUCAGGAAGGCCAAGUGAGAGACAGUCAGCCAGCACCUACUGAAUACGCUAAUACUGAUUUACUUCCAGGAGACAUAGAUGAUUAUGACACAAUGGCACAAACCUGCAUGUAUGAGCAUCGGCCUUCAAAAACCCUUUCUCCAAUAUAUGAGAUGGAUGUUGGAGAAGCAAUUGAGCAGAGGAUGGAUUCAGAAACAGCAGUUCUCGAUGUGGAUUUUGAAGAUCAGCAGUUUGCAGAACAGGAUUGGACUCUUCUCAGGCAACUGUUAUCUGAGCAGGACUCAAACAUAGGUUUCAAAAACUCUGUUCCUGAAGACCUUAACUUAGCACAAUGUCUAAUCAAUCAGACACUGUUUCUGGCACGAGAUGGUUCGAAUCCUCAGGGUACAUCACAAGUUGACACAUUCAGUAGGUGGACUGAACUAAUGUCUCCACUUGAUGAUUCUUCAGCAAGCAUUACAGUGGCAAGCUUUUCAUCUGAAGACUGUUCUUCCCCUCAAGGGGAAUGGACAAUUCUUGAACUGGAAACUCAUCAUUAAGGUGAUCAGAUGUUUGCAACUAACUCCAACCUGUUCCCCAAAUCUAUUUUUGAUGUGUUGUUUCCAUACAGUGAAAUACUGCAUCAGUCAAGAACAAGCAAUUCUUGGUACUGAGGCAAUCUUUCUGAUAUAAUGAGGUAAAUAUGUUAAUUUAUAAUCUAGAUUUAAUUGCAAGUACAGAAAUUUUUCAAGUCCUAACAGGUAUGACUUUUAUAAAAUGAACUUUGAGCAUGUAUUUUCUAGAAUUGUUAGAAAAACUAGAUGACGUGAAAGAAAGAUCUUGCUUUCCCCUCUACUUUUAUCUUCCUUUUGGCCAUUUAAUAUGCUCACUGAGCAAGAAUUUAAAGAUAACUGCACCUUUAGUAGGGCUACUCACUCCUUUUUUUUUCCUCCCUCUCUAUAUGGUGACUUCAUUUUACAACAAUAAAGAUUCAGAAUGGUUGUGUCAAAAGGUCACGUGUGCCAACACUGCUUUUAAUACUAGAAACAUAUUUUUGUUCACAGAAGAGGUUUCAAUAGGAAUCCUCUUUGGGCUUAUGAAUAUGAACAGCUUAUUUCAUCUGUUCCUGCUGGAUUUCUUUUUUUAUUACUUCUUGUUUGCUUUGUUUACAAGUUUCUAAUAUUUUUUUUAAUGUUAUUUCCUUUAAAUAUAAGGAUUCAAAGGGUCUGCGCUAGAGGAAGGCAUCGUUUCUUUCUUGGAAAUGUACAUAUAUAAGUAAAUAUUUUGUAAUGGCAUAGUGCAUUAAUUCAGAAGAGUUGGGAGAAUGCUGCUCCUGUUUGAAAAACAGCAUGUCUGAUACUUGUAAAAGCAUACCUCUCAAGUCCUGGUAGAAAUUAUCUGGUCUGUUCACUCUUGUCUUUCAUGCAGUUGAAAACCUGAAGAGGAAGUAUUCUACCUCCUCUUAGUCACCAAGAGGAGAAGUGCCUUCAUAAGAGCCAUAUGGCAGUAAGAGGCUACUAAUGGUUUUUUUUGUUAAAAUAAACGCACAACUUUAGCUGACUAUAACCACAGAUAAUAAGGUCAGUUUUGCAAGCUUUUGCGGAACUCGGACAGUGCACCUUAGUAUUGUUUAGGAACUUCAUUUAUUUUUGUUCAUGGUCAGAAACUCUCGGCUGUGUCAAACUAUGACUAAAGACAUCAUAACUUGUCUUAUCUUUGGAUUUGGUAUUAUAAAGAACUCUGAGGCAAUACAUCUACUCAAGAAUGCCACUUUGUUGCAUUUCUGAUACAGAAGUGAUAUUUUCCGCAAAAUAAUUGGGGGAGGAAUUAUGUCAUUCUUUAAUAUCAAGAAAGCAGGGAGAAAAAAAAAAAUAAAGCUUUCCUUUCUCUUUUUGACAAUGAAUUCAAAAACCCAUGGAAGAAAGAUAUUCAAUAUGGUAAUAAAAACGUUUCCCCUACUACCUAACUAACUACUUACUGAAUUGAAAAAUAACUCUGACAACUAGCACACAAAGCUUCACAUUUGUCAUACUGGAAUACUAUCACAUUACAGGGGUGUGGGUGGGUUUUGUUUGUAUUUACUUUUUCAGCUGUAGUACGAAAAUUAAAUCAGAUUCUCGGAAGUCCUCACUGAUGUUGGUGCUAUUCCUGCAAUAACUGUGCAGUAGACUAGUGCUGAGGAUUCGUUGUAUUGUUCAGUUGAUGUAUUUGUAAGAAAAGAAUUCAGCUUCCCACAGCCACAUAGUCUCUGUAGAAGUAGCAGGAAGAGAAAGCUGUAUUGUUAAUUCAUACUACCAGACUGCCUGUGAGCUUUAAUCAGACCAGCAUCCCACUGGCUAGACACUGUACAAACACAGAACAAAAGCAAGGACUUCCAUGGAGUGGUUAUAAUCCAAGUUAAGACAAAAGAUUAAAAAAAACAACAUAGAUGGAAAAGUAAAAUCAGAGUCAAUAUUUGCCCAUCUGAUUAGCAAUUGUUUUAGUGCACCAUCAGCUUGGAUACAUUUUUUUUUCCCCUCUAUAUUCACUGUGGGAAGGGAAAAUUGGAGGGUGAGGUCUGAAGACCAGAUAAUGAGGGACAAAUGCUUGUUUGAAAACUUAAUACACAGGCAAUCAAAGCUAGCAUCAUGGGCCGCAAGUAAAUAGUAAGAGCUUCCAAUGACCUACAAAGUAAGGACAAGGUACGUACACCUGAUGAAACAGUGAAGGGAAAUCAGUGAUGAUAAUGAAGAAAGAGACAGCAUAGUCAAAACUAUUGUUAAGGAUUUCUCUUGGCAGUUGUAUUCUAAAUUAAUCAGAGCGGUAGAACUGCUUUUGUCAAAACCUAAGGCAAGAAGGAUGCAGCCAAAAGGUAAUACUGACAGCUUGCAUAAAAUUCAGUUAUGUGUGGAUAAAGAUGUCUGCAUCCUACAGGGAAUAGAGAAGCUGAGAAAUUCAGAGAAGAGGACUUGGAAACUAGACUUUAUGAUGAUGACCUUGGGUUUGCCUAUCCUGAACGACAUUUUACCAAGAGAAAAACAACUGUUUAACUGUUCAGCAUUUUUGGAUGUUUAACAUAUAUGGAUGUAUAAAGUUUAAAAUAGGCUAGAACUCCAGAAGGUGAUGUCAGUAGGCGUAAUUACCAUUCUUGCUUGGAAAGGAAGAGUCUAGAUUGCACUGGAGAAGCUGUUCUGACCAUUUCUACAUGUCACUGCUAGCAAAAUUGUAUUUGUGCAGCAAGUCACAUAUUGCAGAGAAGAAAAGCAAAAGCUGAGGCUGAAUACUGAAAGUGUUGAGGAAAGUGGAGGUUCUUCCAUAGGACUUGCUCAAAAAAUAAUUAGGGAAGCUAAGAAAAGUAUCAAAGAUGGGGACAGGAGUCAAAUGAGGAAGAACAGCAGUUUUGAGACUGGGUAAGAAAACGUUCCUAGGCACGAUCAAAAUGAGAUUCUGGCUUCCUUCAAAAGAAUGGCCAGCAGAUGCCCAUUUGGAAGAAUAUUAGGAAGGAAACUGAUAAGAUGAAGAGAUAUGGAACAGUUAGCAAAACACAUCAGUUAAUACAUUUACUUUUGGUUUUAAAGGCAUAAGAUACCAUAUUCAUAAAGUAUAGCAAAAGAAUUCUGUAAACAAACAAUGCUCAAAGGAAACAGUUAUUUGAGAUACAAAUAUUCACAUUAUAAUAAAAUCUGAGUAUUGUUGAAGAAGAUUAGUAACAAAGCACAAGAAAUAUGGCUUGCUUGCAAUAUUUUUAAUUUCUGGGUGAUACGUGACUUGACUGUACAUGCUUAAUAGCCUUUUUCCACAUUUACUUUGCAUAGUUUUAGAUCUAUUUGGAAACUAUACUGAAUUCUCAAUUUUAUUACUGGGAGGAGCUAGUGGGCAAGGAACUUCCCAUUUUUCUCACACACACACUGUCCAUAAUAUGAGUGCCCCUAACACUGUCUUAUUUUCUGUCAAGAAAUAUAUAACAAAAAAUUAAAGCACCCUGUUCUAAUUACAGAUUGCAGGAGAGUAUUUUAAAACUAUGAAUAUAUAUUAUGUCAUCUGCAAAGUAAUUACUAGCAUGCUCAUUCUCCUUUGUUUCAGAAAAUCUAAACCCUUGCAUGAAGAAAGUAAGAACUGCUAUUAUAUUGAUUGCUCAUCUGUUGCUCAGAGCCAAGACAUUUGAGUAGGCAUAGCUUUGCUGCCACUAACAUCAAUGAAAAAACUCCUGUUGACCUGCUGAAGCAGGUUCAGGACUUCGCUUUAUUAAAUGCAUGUACUAGAAAUGCUACUUUUCCAAUAUACGCAUUUCGCAGUUUUCUAUUUUUUGUUCUAACUUACAAUAUCUUACUAUUGUAGAUGUGACAAAUUGCAGCUAGAAAGACUUCAAUUUCGGAGUCAUAAUUGUAUGUAUUCUGUUAAUAUUUCAUGACUAGAGUGACUUAACAUUUGUACAUUGAUAGAUGACAUUCUUGCCAGGACUAUGCAGGAACUGAAGACAAAAGAAUCAGAAGCAGCAGCCCUGUUAGAACAGAUGACUCCAUGGAAAUAAGCUUUUAGAUUUUAAAACCCAAUAUAGUUAGAAGCUUUAAUCUCUUGUAGCAAAUUCAUAGUGGUUCCCACCCAUAUCUUUUGAGCACAAGCUAUGUAUACUGUUUUUGAAAAAUAAACUUUACUGUGUUCAAUUUUGGGGGAAAAAAAAAAAUCGCAGCUCCAAUCCAUUCACUUUAAACCAAGCUUCCUAUCAGCAACUACUACAUAUGUUUAAGGAAACAAAACCUGUUACAGAGAAAGAUGAUUUAUAUUAUGAGUGGCUAUCAAUUUAGAAAAAUACUAGUUUCUACUUUUUUUUCACCUUUGAUAACUAUUAAGUGAAUAAGCUAUACAGUGCAUGCACGCACAUGCACACCUGUUUAUUCUUGCAUUUGACCUUCCCUUUAUACUUGCUGUGUAGUCAUCUGUCCUGAAUAGUCAAUUAGGCUAUAGUUCUGCAAACAUGAGUGAAUCCACUUAAACAUUUGCAGACUGGCUUUCAGGUUAAUGUUCACUUCUCAGAAAGGGUAAUGGAACUGGCACUGGGGGCAGGCAAUGUGCAUAUUCAUGUUUUUAUGUGUUACUCAACUUAAUGAGGCUCUAAUCCUGAUCAGCCAUCUGGAAGCAGUUAAAGUGUGAAAUAAUUAAUAAUGGAAAGCCAUUAAGUUGCUUCCUUGAUCUCCUUGAUUUAUUGCUGGAGUUGCCAGCUCAGAAGACCGUUCAGUUAGAGAAAUCAAAGUUCAGAGAAAUAUAACAUUUUGCAUUAUGUGCAACAAAAGAUCUAUUGCAUCGUAAAAUACAAAUACCAAUCAGAUCCUCAGUAACUGAAGCCUCAGUACUUGGGGCAGGAUGACCAAAACCUCAGAAACUAGAUACAGUUAGCAGGGACAUCAAUGGUCAAAAUAGUUUUUGCAUGUUAACAGAAGAUGACUUCAGUAGAGGAGUGAGUGAAUACUCUGGUCAGUCUGAACAGACUCACAUGUACAAAGCUGGGGACUGACCCAAUUACUCAGGCAAUCCAUCAGAUUUUAUAUCCAUGCACACAACUAAGCGUGACUCUGACAUUUUCCCAGCUCCCAGUGAAGUUUGCAUGAGCAGUACCAGAUACGUUUGUAAAAAUCAGGAUAUUUUAAAGCAUCUGAAUGGAAAGAUUGAUAACCUGAAUAAAAUUUUGGCUCAUAUAUCAACUUAAAACUGAGCUGAGUAGGACUGUAACAAAUGACUAAAUAUCUGAUCCUCACAUCUGCAAUAUUUACUUAGUCCUCUGGUACCCUGGGUUUACUCAGAUCAAGCAGAUGUGCUAUUAUCUCAAACUUGUGCUUAGUGACAUUGCAGUUCUUCACAUUUAUUAUUUUUAUAACCACUUUGGAACAUAGCAUGGCAUCAUGCCUCUCCACAGAAUCAUAGCCAUGUGCUGAAGAUUAACGUAACUGGACAAACCAAGUUCAGCAUAGGUAGCAUCAAAACUUUAUUACCUUCAUAGAAUGAGGGAAUUUUCACACCCAUGAAAACAAGACAAGAAGUUUUCUACCUGUAACAAAAUCCCUGCCUAUACCUCCGUGGUAGAGCAAGAAACCAAAACCCCUAUUUUCUGGACUAUUGUACUCUAGUAAUUGAGAUUAAUCUUAUAUGUGUAAUAGGAUGCAUUUGGAGAAGAGUUUGAGUCACUGCCUGUAGUCCGUGGCUUUACAAUCCUUUAAUAUUUUGACUAUUCCAUCUUUGGGAGAGUAAGGGGCAUGUUAAGUUCUCAAACUGAAUGCUUGCAUGUUUUCAGCUUGCUUGCUUUCCAAACAUCGAUGGUUAGGACAGUAGCUGGGGCCUAAGCAACCAUAUUUCCAAAUGAUUCCUUGUGAGCUCACUCUUCUGUUUCCAGAAUCACUGUAGGGUUGCGUAGUUCCACAAGCUUCCAUCCCCAUGCUACAUAUUGAAGAUUCUUAACUGAUUUGUGUAUGACAGACAGAAAUAAUAAAUCCUAUGUGUAACUUAAA